AUUUACGCAGCUAAGCCUGGUUGUUGUUACAAAGAUGGCGUCCCGGUGCAGCCUCUCCACUUUAUUUCCUGUCCAAAGUCAGCUGGAUUGUGAUCUAGAUGAAGCAGCGUCGCAACAAGAGAAAGAAAAUGUUGUCUACCAAUACUUGAAAAAACUAGACGAGGACGAGGAUCUGAAGAUACCCGAUUUCCAGACAGGCUUAGAAUGGCUCAACACGGAGGGGCCUCUGUCUCUGAACAAGGAGCUGGCUGGGAAAGUGGUGCUGCUGGAUUUCUUCACCUACUGCUGCAUCAACUGCAUGCACAUCCUGCCCGACCUGCACCAGCUGGAAAUGAAGCACUCUGUCAAAGAUGGACUGGUGAUCAUUGGUGUUCACUCAGCUAAGUUUCCCAAUGAAAAGGUUCUGGACAACAUCCGCAGCGCUGUGCUACGCUACGACAUCUGCCACCCAGUGGUGAACGACAGCGAAGCGCUCCUCUGGCACGAGCUGGAGGUGUCCUGUUGGCCCACGCUGGUCCUGCUAGGCCCAAGUGGCAACCUGCUCUUCUCUCUGGUGGGUGAAGGCCACAGCAACAAGCUGACACUCUUCACUGACAUCACCCUCCGUUACUACAGGGAGAAGGGACAGCUGAAGGCACAUACAGUAGGGGUCAAACUCUACAGAGACUCCCUGCCUCCCAGCAUCCUGUCUUUUCCUGGAAAGGUGGCCGUAGACGACAGGAGGAAGAGACUGGCCAUAGCAGACACUGGGCAUCACCGAAUACUGGUGGUGACCGUGACUGGACAUCUUGAACACGUGAUAGGAGGGCUUGAAAGCGGUAAACAAGAUGGCGACCUCUCUGAAGCUUCCUUUAACUCCCCUCAGGGCGUGGCUAUCAAAGGGGACAUUGUGUAUGUGGCCGACACAGAAAACCAUCUGAUCAGGAAGAUCGACCUGUUGGAGCAGAGAGUCAGUACUCUAGCCGGAGUGGGCAGUCAAGGCACAGACAAAGAAGGCGGUGCUAUGGGACCUGAGCAGCCCAUCAGCUCUCCUUGGGAUGUGACUCUGGGCUCUGCUGGCGGUGAUGAAGAUAACGUGCUGUGGAUAGCCAUGGCAGGGACCCACCAGAUCUGGGCUUUGUUCCUAGCAGAUGGGAAGCUGCCCAAAGGAAGUGAGUCUAAAGUCGGGACCUGCAUACGCUGGGCUGGCAGUGGCAAUGAGGAGAACAGAAACAACUCUUAUCCCCACAAGGCGGGUUUCGCUCAGCCUUCAGGCCUAGCAUUAGCCCCGGAGGAGCCAUGGAGCUGCCUGUAUGUGGCAGAUAGCGAAAGCAGCACUAUUCGCACACUGGCACUGAAGGAUGGAGCCGUCAAGCUGCUGGUAGGGGGAGAGAGGGACCCAAUGAACCUUUUUGCUUUUGGGGAUGUAGACGACAAAGGGGUAGGCGCCAAGCUGCAGCAUCCUCUUGGUGUUGCCUGGGCUCCUGAACAAAGCCUGCUCUAUGUGGCCGACUCCUACAACCACAAGUUCAAGGUGGUUGAUCCAAAGACGAAGACAUGUAGUACAUUAGCAGGGACUGGAGUGGCUGGAGACAUAAUGGGCCCUGAAUUUGACAAAUCCUGCUUCAAUGAACCUGGAGGACUCUGUGUUGGUGACAGUGGCAAGCUUCUCUACGUGGCGGAUACCAAUAAUCACCAAAUCAAAGUGCUGGACCUGACCUCCAAGACUGUCUCACUGUUCCCUGUAUCCAUGGACUGCACAGACUCCGUACCGUCUAAGCCUUCAGGUCCCACCAAAGCUCCCAAGCUGCCUAAAUCUGCUCCCAGGAAGGAAAUGCCAGCAGUGACUGUGUCUGCAGGCCAGACUCUUGUCAUGUCUCUCACCCUGUUGCUUCCAGAAGGGACCAAGCUCACAGAAGAGGCCCCCAGCUGCUGGACCCUCUCUGCUGAGGGUAAUGAGUGGCUGCUGGGAGGCCAAGUAGUCACUGGUAGCAUCUUGGACCUGUCAAAGCCUCUCACCAUCUCAACCAAACUUCCAGCUGAUAUUAAGGACUCCAACUGCAAUCCAAGCCUCACUCUGGGUGUGUGGGUGUACUACUGUCUGGAAACAAAUAACACCUGUAUGAUGAAAGCUGCCUCUUUUACCCAGCCUCUUCAAAUAAGUGCCACUCAUGGAGAUGGAGUCGUCACUGUGGCAUUAGCUCAUGACUUCUAAAACCUCUUAACUGUUUUAGGCGCAAUAAGUACAGAAUUUAAACGUUCUGAAACAUCAGUUUUACCUUUUGGCUUUGCUUAGCAGAGAGCACAGACUGUUUCUGACUGUCACAUCCAACAAAAAUGCAGCUCAUAAAAAUCAAAUUUUAUGGGGAAUUUCAUUUCAGACUACUCCGGAGCUCUUUCCCUUGAAAAUAUAAUGCAUCAGUGCAGUUAUUCAUAAAACAACAAAUGGGUACUUCCCAAGCAUCCUCUAAAGGCUGCACGGAAAAGACAACUGCAGACUGAAAGUCUGUAUGAUAAUAUUUUCAUGCAACAAUUCCUCAAGGAAAUGUGGACUAACAAUAAGGAAGGAACAAUAACUAAAACAUCUAUUUUUUAUGAAACAGUUCUUCAAAGAAGUUACUGCCUUUAUUAAACACUGUAACAUGACUCCAAUGAAAACUGAAAAAAAAAAAGAUUUUCUAUCAAUUAAAAAGUAUAUAUUUUUAACUUGCAGUUUAUAAUGACUGUGUCAGAGAUGGGUAGAGAAAUAAACAGAUAUUUGUGAUUUAAGAGUAUUGCAGUGGGAGUUAAGAUACUGCUAUAUUGUAUAUAGAAAAUAAAAUAAAAAUGUUAAACUUCUAAUUAGCUUUAUAAUGUUGCCCUGGAAUGCCAGAUGGCUGAGUUUAAAAGACAAGAACAUUUACUUGCAGAUGUUAGGAACACCCAAAUAAUUAGUUUGAACAACUCCAAAAGAAGUAAAGGAUUAUCUCAGUUAUUGAAAACCAACUGCAAAAUCAGUGACAGAUGCUGUUCGUGUAUAAAAUAGUCUAUCGCAAAAGUUAAUGGAGCUUCUUUUUGUCUCCUGAGUAUUUAGAAUCCUGCAUUAGGAAGUUUUUUUUCUUCAAAAAGAGACAAUUAAAGGAGUAAAUAUGUAACUCUGAGUAAGAGAAACUCUACCUCUCCUUACACAAGCAGUUGAAUCCAUAAUGGAGAUCCUUACACACUGCGACAACAGCACCAGAAAAAAUCACAGCUUUCUACUUUCGUAUUUAUCCCACUUCUGGGUAGUAGCGGUGUCCCAGUGUGUCGUUUCACUUUGCCUUACAGCAUUGCGGAACACCAUAUGUAAACACAGCAGGAGCACCCACACACACACACACACACACAUGCUAACAUGUACACAUACAAUGCUGUUCUGCCCUGCCAGCUCUAUACAUUGCUACAAUCUUGUCCUUGUUACGCUUCUGUUACUACCACCACUGGAUAUCAGCAGCUGAACAACUUCCCUCAACCAUCCUGGAACGCUCUGUGUGUUGCACAUUGCAGACGAGGCAUAACCAGGGCUUAAACUGGCAAUCUGUAAAGCGGCUAUCGAGUUAUAGCCAGUUUCACAAAGAUAGCAUUUCUAUUCCCUGAGAGGUUUUCAGUUGAAUCAUGAAGACUAGAAACCAAAAAUAAAGUCAAACCUUUCCCUUUAAUCUCGAUCCAGGGACAGAUGGAGAAAGUGGAAAAAGACAGAAAUGAAACUGAAAGGUUAAGAAGAGGUUAUCUAUUCAAGUACUUACAUUUGUUACACCAUUAACAAACUAGACAUGUCUAGCUUCAGGGUAUUCAAUAAAAUCUCAACUGUGUAAUUGUUUUAAUAACAUAUUUCCAUGUAUGUAUUUGUUUACAUAAGUUUGUUCACUUACAGCUUUUUUUCUGUCCCUGUAUGACUUAUUUCAAUUUUGAUUUGCAUUACUCAUGACACAAAGAGCACUUUUGUUUUUCAUCCAUAAAAUAUUGCUCUCGUCUCGAUAAUGAAUAAAGUGCCUGUUCUUCUUAAGUGGUAGCAACCUCCCGCAAACUGAUUAUACAGACUGACUUCAGCCUGUGCACCGUGAGAGAUACUGCAUAAAGAAUGUCUCAUUUGAAACAUUUCUUUCUAGAAUUAAAUUCUCAAUGUAUGGCAAUGCUCUGUUAAUGUCAUAUGUUUGAAAAUGUGGUGUGGUAAUGUGGAAGUUGUCAUCUUCCAUCAUUGGUUUUCAAAGUUAUGAGCUGUUGUCUGAAAUGAGCCUGAGAGUAAUUUGAUUAUCGUUUCUGUCAUCAUGUCUCACAUUGGAACUGUUCUUUCCAGACUUUGUUUUUAUUUGGUUUGGACCACUUCGUCUGAAUGUCUUGUGAGGAGGUGCUACUGUAUGGAUGGUGAGAAACUGAUGACACUUAAACUGUAUCAAAAGCAAUAAUAUUAGCGUAAUGGGAGGAAUGCUUUGUUCCCACAGGUUAUUUAUUUCAAAUUAACUGCAAACGAUUUGCCAGCAGGUUUUCUCAUCAUUCUGGUAUUAUUUUAAUGAACCAUGAGCUGGAGUGGCGGCUUGUGGGCAUUAAGUCCCUAAUAUUUUCAGUUUUCUUUUGGUUUCCACUCACUACACUGCCUUUUAGACACCUUUUGGCAUGAUUUGUUCUUCUCUGGGACUCUGUGUGUUACUACUCCUUAAUGCUGCACUUUAAGAUGCAAAGAACCAAUAAAGCUUUUUUUAUGUAGA